AUGGCCGCCUACAUCCGCGAUGCCCCCUUCGGGCAACUGGUUCGACUCUUGACCAAGAACAAAUACUUCCAAUAUCCAGAAGAAAAGCCCGACUUCAAGCUGCCCGAGCCAUGGAUAAAGUUGAUGAACGGCACGGACGCGCCGCCCAAUGGGGAGUCCGAAAAGAAGUCCGAAGAACAGACCUCGAGCCCAAACACCGAUGAAGAGAGCGGCAUCCUCAGUCACACCUCAACCCUCAACACCACGCCUUUUACCGAAGCCCGCCUCGAGGCCGACGAACAACAUGAAAUUGAAAAAGUGAAGUCGACUCCCAUCGUGCCAACGCGGACAAAAGAUGGCGCUAUUCUCGUGGACUGGUACUAUACCGACGAUGCGGAGAAUCCGCAUAACUGGUCCAAUUCGAAGCGCGCCAUGAUGACCACUUUGAUCUGCCUUUACACAUUUGUCGUAUAUACUACAUCUGCGAUCUACACCUCCUCUUUACAGGGUGUUAUGGAAGAGUUCAACGUUGACUCACUGGUCGGCACACUUGGUCUAUCCCUCUACGUUCUCGGAUAUGGUGUUGGUCCUCUGAUUUUCUCUCCAUUGAGUGAGAUUCCAGUCAUCGGACGAAACCCAGUGUAUAUCAUCACCAUGUUCCUCUUCGUUAUUAUAUCUAUCCCCACCGCAUUUGUGGGCAACUUCCCUGGUCUACUAGUCCUUCGUUUCCUCCAGGGAUUCUUCGGCUCACCAUGUCUUGCCUCUGGAGGUGCUUCGAUCGGUGAUAUGUACAGUCUGAUUUCCCUGCCAUAUGCCAUGAUGGCCUGGGUUUCUGCUGCCUACUGUGGACCCGCCCUCGGACCUCUGCUCAGCGGCUUCGCUGUCCCAGUUAAGGGCUGGCGCUGGUCCCUGUACGAAUCAAUUUGGGCCUCUGCCCCAGUCUUUAUCCUGAUGCUGCUCUUCCUCCCCGAGACAAGCAGCGCAACCAUCCUGCUCCGCCGCGCCCAGCGUCUCCGCAAAAUCUACAACGACAACCGCUUCAUGUCCCAGUCCGAGAUCGACCAGCGCAACAUGCGCGUCUCAUCCAUCGCCAUUGACGCCCUGGUCAAGCCGAUCGAAAUCACAGUCAAGGAUCCCGCCGUGCUCUUCGUCCAGAUCUACACCGCCAUCAUCUACGGCAUCUACUACUCCUUCUUUGAGGUGUUCCCGCUCGUCUACCCCGUCGACUACGGCAUGAACCUUGGACAAAUCGGUCUUGUCUUCCUGUGUAUUCUCAUCUCUUGCAUCCUGGGUGUCUCCAUCUACGGCUUCUACAUCUACUACUGGAUGAACCCCCGCAUUGCGCGUUUUGGAUUCCCCGUCCAAGAAGCUCGUCUCAUUCCCGCCCUGCCAGCCUCUUUUGGACCGACGAUCGGUCUCUUCCUCUUUGCCUGGACGGCUCGGGCUUCCAUCCACUGGAUCGCACCUACGAUUGGCAUUACCAUCUACGGCGCGACGGUCUUCAUCGUCAUGCAGUGUGUUUUCGUCUACAUUCCGCUCAGCUACCCCAUGUAUGCCGCCAGUCUGUUCGCGGCGAAUGAUUUCUUCCGCAGUGCACUUGCGUGCGGUAGCGUGCUCUUUGCUCACCCGCUUUUCGGCAACCUGGGCGUUGCACGGGGUGUGAGUCUCCUCGGUGGACUGAGUGUCAUCGGUAUUGUUGGCAUCUGGCUACUUUACUUCUAUGGUGCUCGGCUCAGGUCUCUGAGCAAGUUUGCUCUCUCUGAAUGA